ACAGGAGAUGACCAGAGACUGCGGACAUAGUACAGGAGAUGACCAGAGACUGCAGACAGUGCAGGGAAUGACCAGAGACUGCAGACACAGUACAGGAGAUGACCAGAGACUGCGGACACAGUACAGGAGAUGACCAGAGACUGCGGACACAGUACAGGAGAUGACCAGAGACUGCGGACACAGUACAGGAGAUGACCAGAGACUGCGGACAUAGUACAGGAGAUGACCAGAGACUGCGGACACAGUACAGGAGAUGACCAGAGACUGCAGACAGGGGAUGACCAGAGACUGCGGACACAGUGCAGG